AUGGGGGAGGUCACUUUGCAGACAUGCCUCUCUAUAAAAACCCAUGGCACUCAGUUCCUCUCCAACAGCACUGCCCUGCCUGGGUCACCUGCCACUGGAGCACUUACAGCCAUCGCCAACACUGCAGGACAGCAGCUUGCAUCUCUGGGUGAAACUGUCAAAUCCACUCACAAUGCCACCGGGUCCGAUUCAGACACCUACGUCACCCUGCGUCUUCCUUCAGCAACGCCAAAGACUUACAGGACAAAAACUGUGAACAACAGCCAAAGACCGCAGUGGAACGAAACUUUUAACUUCAGGGUCCGCAGCAAUGCAAACAAUAUUCUGGAAAUAAAGCUGUAUGAUGAGGACUCCAUGAAGACAGAUCCUGUUUUGUUCCUGCAGCGGUUUGACAUCGGCACUCUCAUCCCAGGGGAGAAGGAAACCAAGAUCUUCAUCACAAACCCUGAGAAAGAAACUGUCUCCUACAAGAUCUUGAGAGUCACAGUCCUAAGAGCACAAAACCAUGAAUCCCACGACUAUGGGUCAGAGUCAGACUGCUACGUUACUCUGUGUCUCCCCUCGGCUUCAACAAGGACCGAGCGGACAAAAACCGUGUCAAACAGCAAAGUUCCAGUGUGGAACGAAACCUUCACCUUCAGGGUGUCCAGCCAUGUUAAAAAUAUUCUGGAUAUAAAUCUGUAUGAUGAGGAUCCUCUGAACUCUGACGACCUAAUUUCCACAAUUAUGUUUGACGUCAGCAAGCUCACCCCAGGGAAGAAGGAGACCAAGGUCUUCAUCACCAACUCAAAGGUGAAAAGGGGAUCAGUGUCUUUGAGAGAUCAACUUGUGAUGGAGUUUGAACUUCUGGAGAGUGGUGAGCCAGCUCAUGAAUACCACACAAAUGGCAUCUUAGUGGCUGCCCCACUCUCUGCUUUGGAUGUCCGCAUCGACAAGCUACGCAGCAAUAAGAAGGGUAAGAACAUGAUGCUGAAACUGAGGGGUGCCUAUCAGGAGAGGAGUGAUGCUCAGAAUUCCCAGGAUCAAAAUCAUGUACGCUUCUAUAUCAACAGGGACUUGGAGACAGAACUAGGAGUGGUGAGUCCGGACGAUUUUGGUAUGCGUCUGGAUUUUGACAUCCCACCCCAAGAAAGAGAAUUCCUGCAGAAGAGGAAAGUCUUAGUGGGACAGGCUUUGCAGAAGCUGUUAGGCCUCAGCUCUCCACUGGAGCCCAAAAAGGUGCCAGUAAUAGCGGUGGUGGGUUCAGGUGGUGGGACCAGAGCGAUGACAGGCCUGUUUGGUGGUCUGAAGGGGCUGCAGCAAGUGGGCGCCCUGGAUGCCGUCACUUACAUCACUGGUGUGUCUGGAUCCACAUGGGCCAUGUCGACCCUGUAUCAGGAUGCUAACUGGUCAAAGCAGGACAUAAACAGUGUCAUCUCAGUGAUAGAGGGGAGGAUUACCAAAAGCUUCAUGAGUUCCCUCUCCAAAGAGAAACGGAGGUACUAUGACCAUGAAAUGGAGGAGAGAACGAAGGAGGGUCACCUUAUGUCCUAUGUUCAUAAGUGGGGCCUGAUUAUUGAACAUCUACUGUUUGAGAAGAAAACAACCACGACCCUGUCUGACCAGGGGAGGGCAGUAAGUGAUGGCCAGAACCCGUUCCCGAUAUACACAGCUGUCAACAUGAUGGAUAAAAUAUCAGGCUGUGAACCUGAAGCUGAGUGGUGUGAGUUUACACCUUAUGAGAUAGGCAUAGAAAAGUAUGGAGCGUUUGUCCGAACUGAGGACUUUGGGAGUCAUUUCUUCCUCGGUCAUAUGAUCAAAAAACUCCCAGAAGUCAGCAUCCCAUAUCUGAUUGGGAUAUGGAGCAGUGCCUUCUCUGUCAGCCUCAACCAGCUAUGGCAGGUUGCCACAGGUAGCACGCCGGCCCCUGAAGAAGUUACAGUUGACAGCCAACAGGCCAGCCAACAGGACGAAGAUGAAGCUGAACCAUCAACCAUGGACACAUACCUCGUGAACCAAUGCACGGACGCCACUGGGUUUGAACGUUUCCUCAAGAAUCGUCCAGUCGUUGCCCAGGUGUACAACUUCAUGAGAGGCCUCUUACUGCACUGGGACUACAAUGAAUACUGCAACUUCAAAGCCUGGAACAACACACAUCCAGAUGCCUACCCAAACAGACUGACACCCAAUGACCCCAUACUAAACCUAGUGGAUGCUGGUCAUGCCAUCAACAUUGGCUGUGUGCCCAUCCUGCGGCCACAGAGAGAAGUGGACCUCAUCAUAUCCCUCAGUUACUCAUGGGAGCCAGCCAAUAUCUUGAAGAAGACAGCUAAUUACUGCAAGGACCAUGACAUUCCCUUCCCCAAUGUUGACUAUGCCAUAAUGGAUGCAGCGCAUGAGAAAGAGGUGUAUGUCUUUGAGGAUGGAGAAGAUCCAAACGCCCCCAUAGUGCUUCAUUUCCCGAUGGUCAAUGACACCUACAGGCAGUUCAAGGCCCCUGGUGUGCCACGGAAAGGUGAGAAGGAGAUGAAAGCUGGGGAGGUGGAUGUGAAGACCAACAAAUCUCCAUACAAGACCAAGAACCUGACCUACUCAAAAGAAGAUUUUCGGGCCUUGGUGGAUCUGACCUCCUACAAUGUCAUCAACAACAAGCAGCACAUCCUGAAUAUUCUCCGCAGGGCUGUGGAGAAAAAGGCUGCAAAGAUGACACAGUAA